UCUCUCUCUCUCUCUCUCUCUCUCUCUCUCUUUUCUCUCUUCGUGCAAAACGGCCAGCCACUUUGGUUGGCGAUUUCUCCCAACUCCGGGGACCGUUUCAGGCGAGACCGGUCCCAAAAUCUUCCUCUCGACGUCCUCUUUUUAGCCUACUCAUUUUCGCAGCUCGAAAACUCAAGGAUUGGCGGCUGGAAAGACGGGAAGUUUCGGCAGCCGCUGUCACCGUCGCCGUCGACGUUUCCGGCCACCUCACGCUGGUUCAAAAGUGGGUUCUGAUUCUGAACCAAAGCAAAAUCAUUGCAGCAUCGCAACGCAGAGAUUUUACAAGUACAAAUAUGGAGCCCGAGGUGGUUCAUGCAGAGCUGGUGUUGCCAACCCACUUGAGCUUCAAGCGGAUUCAGAUGUAUGAGAAGUACCCAAAAGGCCAAUCAAGAGGGAGACACUGGAAACACCUCAAGCAGAUCAUUCAGGCCGAGAAUUACCAGAAUUACCCACCCAAUGAACCCAAUUAUGUUAAUAUAGAGUCACCGCCCUCUAUGCAUCCAUGCAAGAGAAUUUGUGAUAUAACAGGAUAUGAGGCACCUUACUAUGACCCAAGGACCGGCCUCCGCUAUGCCAAUGCUGAUAUCUUCAAGCUCAUAAGAUCUCUCCCCAAUGAAUAUGUCCAAAGAUAUCUGGCUCUCAGAAAUGCUGCUGUGGUUUUGAAGUAACAUUUGGUGCCGAUCAGCUCAGGGUUAGGCUUCCCACCCUCGGAGGACAGUUGCCCUUGCAACGCGGUUAACCCCAAGCGUGAAGGCUCCCAUCCGGAGGUCACAGUUGUGGGUUUUGCACAUCUCCUUCACAUCUUUGAAGCCGUUGGUCAUGUAAGUCCUCAGCUCAUUGUUCACCUUUUCUUCAUCCCACAAGAAACCUUGGAUGUUCUGCACCGCAAAACCCACCAAAUUUAGUAAAACUAUAUUUGCUGAAGUUAGAAUGUUGUUCAGAGUUGAAUAAGAAGUGAUGUGAAGAUAUGUAUGAUACCUGUACCCACUCAAAGUAACUAACAGUAACUCCUCCAGAGUUUGCAUA